AUGCAGGAGAACCGCGUCUCUCGUUGGUAUUUUGGUGGAGUCUCGUCCAGUGCAGCAGCCUGUGUAACCCAUCCACUGGAUUUGAUAAAGGUCCACUUGCAAACACAGCAGGAAGUGAGGAUGAGGAUGAUUGGGAUGACUCUUAACGUAGUGAGAAGAGAGGGUUUUCUGGCUCUCUACAGCGGGCUCACUGCUUCCCUCUGCCGGCAGAUGACAUAUUCUUUGUCACGAUUUGCCAUUUACGAGACCGUCAGGGAUAAGAUGAAGAGAAAAAAUAAAGGUCCUAUGCCUUUCCACCAGAAAGUCCUCCUGGGUGCCUUUGGAGGUUUUACCGGUGGUUUCAUUGGGACCCCAACUGACCUGGUGAAUGUAAGAAUGCAGAAUGACGUCAAGAUGGCAGCAGAGUUCAGAAGAAAUUAUGCUCAUGUGUUUGAUGGGCUCUUACGUGUCUGUAAGGAAGAGGGGCUGAGGAAACUGUUCUCUGGUGCUUCAAUGGCUUCUUCUAGAGGUGCGCUGGUGUCUGUUGGACAGCUCGCCUGCUACGACCAGUCCAAAGAGUUGGUUCUGGCUACUGGUUACUUGACUGACAACAUCUUCACUCACUUCCUGGCGAGUGUGUUUGCAGGUGGCUCUGCUACAAUCCUCUGUCAACCACUGGAUGUUGUUAAAACAAGAUUAAUGAAUUCAGAAGUUCAGUAUGGGAGCGUGUCUCACUGCUUAACAGAAACAGCAAAGCUGGGGCCGAAUGCGUUCUACAAGGGUCUUGUUCCUGCAGCUAUCCGCCUCAUCCCUCACACAGUCUUAACCUUCAUAUUCCUCGAGCAGCUGAAGCAGCAUUUUGGUGAGAUGGUCGUUACCUGA